AUGGCUGGAGAAGUGCCUUUGGAGAUUUUGCAAAAUUUGCAGCAACAAAUUCAGGAGAUGAGGGCGGAAAUUGCAACCAUGAGGGCGGAACAAGCGAACAGAGUAGGAGAUCACUCUGAUCGUUCUGUCAAUGUAGAGACAUAUCAUUCAGACACCGGGGAACAACCUCACGCUCAAGGCGAGGGACAGCGGGAGAAUCAUAAUCCGGUCCCUAGUGAGGGAGUUGGAAGAGCUAACGGAAGAGGAGCAGGCAGAGGAGAAGGACGACCAGUGAGUAGGGCUGGGAGUAGAAGUGUAGUACGAGGAAGAGGACGGGGUAAUGACAGAAGUGACCCUCAUCGUCGGGAUGAGAGACAACGAAACGAAGAGCAAAACCCUUUAAAUGGUGAUCAAGCUGAGGGGUUACACCCUUUCACACCACGAGUAAUGCAGGCGAUCAUACCGGAAAACAAAGUGCUACCAUCAAUGGAGAGGUAUGGAGGAUCAUCUGAUCCUGUUAAGCAUUUACGAUCAUUCGUAGAUGCCAUGGCGGUAUACUCGUACAACGAAUUGGUCUGGUGUAGAGUUUUCUCCCUUUCAUUAAAGGAAGAAGCAUUAGACUGGUUCCACUCCCUACAACCUGGAACCAUUGACAACUUCGUUGAACUGCGCCAGCUGUUUACCCAGCAGUACGCUUCAAGUAAAACGCCCGGUGUGACUUACACAGCUCUAGUAAGAAUGAAGCAAGGACGAGAGGAGUCUCUCAAAUCGUUUAUGGAUCGGUUUAAUCGCACUGCCCGACAGGUACGCAAUGCCGAUCAGCAACUGGUGGUGAGUGCCCUUACCACUGCAUUACGGCCUAGUCCGUUUUGUGACUACCUCCACGCUGAAGAGCCCCAAAGCAUGGAGGAAUUACAAAACAAGCUAGCCAGUUUUAUCCGCAUAGAAGAAGGAAGAGCUCAUCAACGUGGGAGAGAAGAGGAAUCAGGACCCCGUCCGGCCAGAGUGAGAUCCGGACCACAGGCCGGCGGGAAUGACAGGAGAGGAGGCUACAGGGGCAAGGAACACAACCAAAUGCGGCAAUAUAUUCACCAUACUCCUUUGAAUGCACCACGAGCCAGAGUCCUGGAAGAAGCACUGAGGGCCGAUCUAUUAACAGUGGUACAAAUACCUACACCUAGAGGAGCUGACGAAAGCAAAUAUUGCCAAUAUCAUCAAAAUCGAGGCCACACAACGGAAGAUUGUCAUACGUUGAAAGACAAGUUGGAAUCCUUGGUUCAAGCAGGACAUCUUCAGAAGUUCGUCCAAAGGAGACAAGCUCCCACCAGACCCGAUCGGUCUUCAUCACGGCCAGAAUCCCGAAAUAGGACCCGGCCGAGAGUUGAUCGAAGCAGGAGCAGAAGCGCUGACCGAACGGUCCGAGGAGUAAUCAACACUAUAUCUGGGGGGUUUGCAGGAGGAGGAUCGACGUCAGCUGCCCGCAAGAGACAUUUAAGAAACUUACACAGCUCCCACCGAACGGACAUCUCAAAAAGAUCUAUGCCCACCAUCACCUUUUCUGAUGAUGAUUUCCAUGCGCCUGACUUGGAGCAGGAUGACCCGAUGGUGAUAACGGCAAUGAUCGCCCGGUACAAGGUGAGUAAAGUCCUGAUAGAUCAAGGCAGUUCGGCCAACAUAUUGUAUUGGAAGACCUUCAAGCAGAUGGACAUAUCAGAAGAUGCAAUCUUGCCUUUCAAUGAGCAGAUAGUGGGAUUCGCGGGCGAGAGAGUAGAUACACGAGGAUAUGUUGAUCUGAGAACCAGCCUGGGAGCCGACAGGGAUGCCAAAGAACUGAGGGUUCGGUUCUUGCUAGUGGAAGCCGACACGUCGUAUAACGUCUUAUUGGGAAGACCGUGCUUAAACAUGUUUGGGGCUAUUGUCUCAACCCCCCACUUAACUUUAAAAUAUCCCACUGAUGAUGGAAAAGUAGCCACCGUUCGGGCCGAUCAGAAGAUGGCGCGUGAAUGUUACGCUGCAGGUUUGAAGGUAAAGCCCAGAAGUGUCACUUUCGCAGGCCACCGAUCAGAAGUCGCUAUGAUGGAAUUAGAUCCUCGAAUGCAUUUCGAUGAUCGGGUGGAACCCUUGGGGGAUACAUGUCCAGUUGUUAUCGGACAGCAGGAGGAUCAAUGUACCACCAUCGGGCGUAAUCUUACGACCGAUCAGGCAACCUUAAUAGAAGAGCUGUUGUUGAAAAACAAGGAUUUAUUUGCAUGGCAGGCAGCCGAUAUGCCAGGUAUUCACCCUGACAUAAUAUCCCAUAAACUGUCAUUAUUCAAGGAUGCCCGACCAGUUGCCCAGAGGAAGCGGAGGUUAGGCAACGAGAAGAGAAGAGCGGUAGAGGAGGAAGUUACGAAGUUGCUGGAAGCCGGUUUCAUACGAGAAGUUAAGUACACCACAUGGUUGUCGAAUGUGGUAGUGGUGAAAAAAUCGAGCGGCAAGUGGAGAAUGUGCACAGAUUUCACAGACCUUAAUAAGGCGUGCCCGAAAGAUACGUAUCCCCUUCCAAGUAUUGAUGGCUUAGUGGACGGAGUUUCCGGAUACGAGAUCUUAAGUUUUCUAGAUGCUUAUUCGGGAUACAAUCAAAUCCCCAUGUAUCCACCCGAUCGGGAUAAAACGGCUUUCAUAACGGAACGAUCCAAUUAUUGUUAUGAGGUCAUGCCGUUCGGCCUGAAAAAUGCAGGGGCGACAUAUCAACGACUCAUGGAUAAGGUCUUCCAACGUCAGAUAGGGAGGUGCAUGGAAGUGUACGUUGAUGACAUGGUAGUAAGAAGCCGAUCGGUGGAGGAACAUUUGCGGGAUCUAGCCGAGGUUUUGGAUCAGGUACGGAAGUUCGGGAUGAGGCUAAAUCCUCUCAAGUGUACGUUCGGAGUUUCUGCAGGAAAGUUUUUAGGCUUCAUGCUUACUUCACGAGGCAUCGAGGCCAAUCCGGAUAAGUGUCGAGCUAUUUUGGAGAUGAGAAGUCCGAGUAGUUUGAAGGAGGUGCAGCGGCUGGUCGGGAGACUCACAUCGCUAUCCCGAUUCAUACCUAAAUUAGCUGAUCGAAUCCAACCGAUUCUAAAGCUAAUGAAAAAACAAAAACAAUUAGAGUGGAACGAUCGGUGUGAAGCGGCAUUUGAUGAAGUCAAGCAAAUUCUUUCUAACCCUCCGGUUAUGAGACGCCCAGAUUAUGGCCGCGACUUGCACCUAUUCUUGGCGGUCGGUGAAGAAGCGGUCAGCGCCGCAUUAGUGCAAGAAAUUCCUGACUUUCGUCCAGUUUAUUUCAUCAGUCGGGUUAUGAAGGAAUCUGAAACCAGGUAUCAGCAGCUGGAGAAAAUAGUCUUAGCACUAGUGAUUGCCACUCGAAGGCUCCGCCCCUACUUACAGGGAAACCAGGUAAUUGUUCGAACAGAUUAUCCUAUUUCAAAAAUUCUACGUAAACCUGACCUAGCAGGUAGGAUGAUCGGUUGGUCCAUUGAACUCUCUGAGUUCGGUCUGAGAUACGAACCACGAGGAUCAAUUAAGGGUCAACACUUGGCUGAUUUCGUGGCCGAGUUACCAGGACGAUCGUCACAUUGUCAUUCAUGGAUAUUAUACGUGGAUGGAUCGUCCGGCCUUAAAGGAGGUGGAGCGGGUGUUGUAUUAGAAGGACCGGACGGUAUAGUUGUCGAACAGGCCUUGAUCUUUCGAUUUAAGGCCAGCAAUAACCAAGCUGAGUAUGAGGCCCUAAUAGCUGGCCUCGAGUUAGCACGCGAUUUGGGGGUUAAAGUGCUUUGUUGUAAAACGGAUUCACAACUGGUAGCAGGUCACAUGAACGGAACAUUCCAGAUUAAAGAUGAUCAAUUGCUCAAGUAUUUCCACAGAGCCAAACAACUAUUCGCACACUUUGACAGCAUCGAAGUAAAUCACAUUCCCAGAAGUGAAAACCAAAGAGCCGACCGGCUAUCAAAAUUGUCCACUGGAAAGGAGAAAGGUCAUCUGUCUUCAUUGGUCCGGCAGAUAAUUUUCAAGCCCGCAGUUGAAUGUUUACAAGUUUAUUCCAUUGCCGAACGGGACGAUUGGAGAAGAGAGAUCGUAAGGCUAAUCCAACAGCAAGAAGCAGGGAUAACCCUCCGAACGGAGGAAUCAAAACAGGUUGCAAGGUAUGUCAUGGUGGGUGAAGAGCUAUACCGAAGAGGGUAUGUCACUCCAAUGUUGAAGUGCGUAUCCAAAGAUGAAUCUGAAUAUGUCAUGCAAGAGCUGCAUGAAGGAAUAUGUGGUAGGCAUGGCGGCGGCCGUUCGUUAAGGGCCCGAGCGUUGCGAGCAGGAUUUUAUUGGCCAACAAUGGAGAAGGAUUGCCAAGCCUUUGUUGUCAAAUGUUUGGCUUGUCAGAAACAUGGAAACAUUAUUCACACACCAGCGGCGGCACUUUCGGCGAUAGUAUCUCCAUGGCCCUUUGCUCAGUGGGGAAUGGACAUAGUAGGACCAUUUCCAACCGGUCGUUCCCAGUUCAAAUUUCUCCUAGUCGCAAUUGACUAUUUUACUAAGUGGGUGGAAGCUGAGCCACUAGCUAAGAUAACAGCUUCUCAGGUGCAAAAGUUUGUUUGGAGACUGAUAUGCCGGUUCGGCCUGCCCAAACACAUCAUCACCGAUAAUGGUCGGCAGUUUAUUGACAAAAAGCUAGUAGCGUUCUAUAAGGAGUUGGGAAUUACACCCUUAACCAGUUCAGUAGAGCACCCACAGACGAACGGUCAAGCAGAAGCUAUGAAUAAGAUCAUCAUCCAAGAACUGAAGAAAAAGCUGGGGGAUGCAAAAGGAGCAUGGGUAGACGAGUUGCAACAAGUGCUGUGGGGCUACCGAUGCUCCCCACAUAGCGCAACGGGGGAGUCACCUUUUAACCUCACAUAUGGGUCAGAUGCAAUGCUGCCAGUUGAAGUCGGGGAAAAUGGGCUGCGAAGGAAUAUUGUCAAUAUGGAUGAGAAUGAAGAAAAUCUCAGGAGCAACUUAGAUGUUCUUCCCGAGCGGCGCGAUAUGGCAGCCGUUCACCUAGAAGCGCAUAAAAGGCUCGUCGCCAGACGCUAUAAUACUAAAGUCAAACCAAGACAGUUUAUAGAAGGAGACCUGGUGUGGAGGCGAACGGGAGAAGCAAGGAAAAAUCCAACACAUGGAAAGUUAUCCGCUAACUGGGAAGGACCGUUCAGGGUGAAGGAGAAUUUGAGCAACGGUGCGUACCGAUUGGAGUGUUUGAAUGGAAAAGCUAUUCCCAAUACAUGGAAUAUUUCUCAUUUAAAAUUUUACUUUAGUUGA